CCUUCUAUCAUUGGAGUUCGCUAUAUGAUUCCAAAUUAUACCAGGAAAGUGUGUUGUAGAUAUCUCUUCUGAUGAUGAUGCUGUGUUCCAACCUCGGAUGUCAAGAAAGGGGUAAAGUUAGCAUCACGCGUAGAUCGAAUAGGGGUCAUCCCAGAUGGAAGCAACAGGAGGGGUUACAGAAGGGUUCAAUAUGGCAAUUAUGUCCGAUUAUUAUACCUGUCAAGAAGAAAGGUUAAUUUAACUUUCGACUAUACACGCUAACCCAAUCAAGUCUCUGAUUCUAGAAAGGACUCACUGGUGAUCGCCAAAGUCUGUACUUAGAUGGUAGUAGGUGAACUUCAGGCAUGCAUGAAUGAGUCACUUUACGGUAACUUUAUAGAAAGUAGUUAUAUCUUCAUUCAGCAUUAUGUUUUUUCAGUUAGAAAACAAACCACCAUCUCGAAUCUGUUAAUCCCACUUUAAGACAACAGACUUUGACUUUCCCCAAGGAGUCCCUUGUACCAGUUUUCCUAGACAGCAAACAAGUCGCUCACAAUGGCAACUCUGCCCCGCCAGAUCGAAUCAGUUAGUACUGCUGAGUUGUACAACCGUUGGGCAAAGGUCUACGACACAGACAAUAACAUCCUCCAAGCCAUAGACGACCUCAUGAUCGCAUCUCUCCUCACACUCGGUCUCCAAACCGCUCACGCACAACUCCCGUCUCCUUCCCAAGCCCUGACUAUAACCGAACUCGGCUGCGGUACAGGACUUAAUACAUCCAAACUCCUCCUCCCACCGUUCACGCCCUCCUCUCCCGAACUAGGUCAGGUUCAUAUCCACACAACCAAUGCCCUAGACCUAAGUCCCGCCAUGCUAUCCAUCGCUCGAACCCGCUGCUCCUCGAUCCUCUCCUCCCAAUCCACCACCUUUCCUAGCCCCAAAUCAAACCUCACAUUCCACCCCUUCAACGCCCUCUCCCCUCCCCCUCCUCCAUCCCCUCUCUCUCCAGCACAGCAGACCUCCUCCUCAGCACCCUCGUGCUCGAACACCUCCCCCUCCCAACAUUCUUCCACACCGUCAAAACCCUUCUCAAACCCCACGGUGGCGUGCUAGUUCUAACCAACAUGCACGCUGAGAUGGGACGGCGUAGUCAAGCGGGGUUUAUAAGUAGUGUGGUAGAAGGCGAGGGAGGAGGGAGGGAGGAGGUGAAAGUGCAAGGAGAGAGUUUUGUGUAUGAGGU